AACGAUUAACAACUCAAAUCUUACACUAUUCGGGCCACCCGCACUCCUCCGCCGCCGCUACGACCGAACAGCACCCACCGUCGGACGACGUACAUUUACAACUCAUCCUAAAUCUCCGGCAUUCUGUGUUCUUGUAAGUACGUCCUACAGCCCGCUCACCGCUCAAGACCGACCCACCGAGUACCCACACACGUGCGAUUUUUCCAAUCUCUUGUGAUCCAUGUUCUGCCCGAUUUCGGGUAGCUGCUUUUGGUCCGAUUCCCCGUGGCUGUUACAAGCCCGACACCCGGUGGUCGAUUUACAUCCUAUUGUCGGUAGUUCCUUUUAUCCGAUUUCUAUAAGCUGGCUCUUUAGUUUUUCGAUACUUUACUUGUUGUUGGCACGCCGAGACAAACCUCAAAGGUUCCUUACUAGUUUGCAACUUGAGUAUACCAGUGAUCGGUGAUUGCUGGUGUCGUCGACAGUGAGACAUUAUUCUUUCGGAUUUCGGAAAUAGAAUUUGCAGAUUGGCAAUUCCAACCUAUGUUCAUUUAGGAAAUAAUGGACCGCCCGCCAGCACCGUCAUUCGACCCUGCACUGCUUGACAUGGAGAAUAUGACUGCCGAUAAGUGGUACACACUAAUAUACAACAGGACAGUACAACAGGAAGAUAUUUUUGUUGGCGAUUUUAAAAAGAAAAUAACCGAGAUCAUAAACACAUGCAUGAACAAACCUAAUACAACAAUAGAAAAUCUAAAACAGGAUAUUACAAACACAAUCAAUGAAUCUCAAUUUGAAUUUGAACACCAAAAGUUUAUUGAUGGUAUAGUUGGGGGUACUUACGAGUACCUUUGUCAGUUUAUUAUUAAAAAUUCAAUGGAAAAUAUUAAAAGAACUCAAUGUGCUUUAAGUUGUUUUUCAUUGACAAAUAAUUUAAAUGAUGGUGCAAUAAAACCGUGUUGUAAUGAGAAUAUUUUGUUACAAGAAUCUUCUAAAUUGUCUCAAAUCCAAUGUUCACCCGAAUCAAACAAUAAUACAACUGAUACAGAUAAAGCAAUUCAAUCAUAUUUAUUCAACAAUUCUGAAAAUGAUCAAAAUUCAAUUUUAGUGGCUGAAAGAGAUAAUGUUAAAAAUAUAACGACCAAUAAAUUGGAAACUACAGCAUUUCAAAACUAUAGGGAAGCAUUACAAGUAAACAACCUUUUUAUAGAAUCAACAAAUAAUACAAUGUUUAAUAAUAUCUCCAUAAAUAAUAAUCAGAACACAGCUCAUUCAUCUGUAAUUAUUGAUGACGAUGAUAAAACUACACAAGCUAUAAUAUCUUUAGCUAUGAAAAUACAACAAACAACUUUCCAUGAAGAUAUUGAUUAUUUUGAAGCUAAUGAAAUCAAUGAUAGUACCGUGUGUAUCAAUAAUGAAAUUCAAACAACAAAGGCGGGUUUCAUAGAACAAAAUGGAGAUAAAAAUACUGAUCCACUCAAAUUGGAGGAAGAAUAUAAAAUUAAUAAUAGCUUAAAACUUUUAGAAAGUCUAGUUAAUAUUGAACAUGAUAAAUUAAAAGUUCAAAAAAGUCCAACUAAAAAUGAAAUACAACCAAAUAUUGAGAAAAGUGAAAAAAAUCUAUUCAAAAGUUCUAAGAAGACAAUUAUAGUUAAGAAGAAAAACCGAAGAUUGCAAGGAAUUAUAAAUAAAGAGGAGGAAGAUGAAUGGUUACCAAGUGAUGAAAAACAAAAGAAUCAUUGUUUAAAAAAUAAACAUAAAAAGAAAGAAAUUAAAAGAAGCCAAAAAGAUAAAGUACCAAAAAAAUAUAGAAAAUUGGAAUCACCAAACAUUUUGAAUAAUUUGUCUACAAGUACCUCGAGUUGCUCUGUUACAAUUCAAGGUGAUCAAAGUCCUUCAUUGACAAUGAAUGUAUCUUCAAUUUCUAGUUACACCAAAAAGUCUGAGACAAUAGUCUCUACUGUCAAAAAUACUAAAUCAUUGGAUACUACCAGCUCUGCAGGAACUCAACUAGCAUAUCAAAACGUAAAAGAUUGUUUACCAACUGCUAAUAAUUUAGAUAUGUUAUCUAAUAAAACCUGUCCUAUUGCUUCUACUAGUGGUUAUAAUGAAAAAAAUAUUGACAAUUUAAAAAAUAAAUUGUCCAGUCCCCCCACUGUUUCAGCAAUGAAAACUUUGGACUAUAAAAAAAUUUAUGAAAAAGAUCGUAAAAGUUUAUUCAGCCCUGAUAUUAUUAUUACAAAUAAUGUAACGUUAAAAUCUCCAAAAGAUGACCUACAUAUAAAAAAAGAACAUAAUUCAAUACAAAAAAAAGAAGAUCCAGAAAAAAAACCAGAUUCUAAGAUAUGUAAGGUAAAAAAUAAUAAUAAAUCUUCUAAUAAAAAGAAAAGGUCAGUCGGUAAAGAAUUAAUUUCUAAAGUGAAGAUAACUGAUAAUAGCUCCAAGUUGACUCACAAUUCAAAAUCUAAGCCAAAUCAUGCAUCGACUACCAAAAACAAAUUUAAGAGAAUCAAAUUCACCGAAUCUGAUGAUAAAGUCAAGACUAACGCUGUUAGUAAUAAAAAUAAAAUAUCUAAUACUUCAGAUAUAUUAGAAAACAAAGUAUCUGGUAAUAUUGAUACUUUAGAUCCUCAAGAAUCGAAUAGAACAAACAUUUUGGAAAAUAAUAUAUCUGAUCAAGGUACAUCGAAAAAUCAUCAACUGAAGGUGCAGAAUAAAGAAGAAGUUUUUAAGAUUCCUUUGUUUGACGAAAAUACGCCUGAAUGGUUAAGACAUCUUAUUACUAUCCAUAAUAUAAAACCUGUGUGUGUUAGUCUUAAUAAAGUUUAUUUCAAUUAAUUUCAUAUUAUUUUAAAUUAGUGUGAUCGAAAUCGUUUAUUGGAAAUUUAUAGAUAGUAAAAUAAAAAGGGUAUACCUUUAUAAAAAUAUUGCUAAGUAUAAUAUAUAACAAAAUAAAUCUUUAGUUUAGUAGUUAUUAAACAUGGUAGUUGUUUGCUAUAGCCCCACCAAUGAGUUUAAUUUAAUUUAUAACUUCUCCCUUUUGUUUUUUAGAAUUUAUUUGUAUUUAAUUAUUAACUAUUAUACUAUUUAUUGUCUGCUUGAAUAGGCAGUGUCAUAAAUUUAAUAUGGCACAAUGGCGGGGCAUAAACAAACCUAAAAAGACUAAGUAGAUUCCAUUUUUUAAAAAUGUAGGUUGAAUUAUUUUUAAGUAUGUUUUAUAUACCUACUAUUUAUAUAAUAUAGUGUAUAAAAAUAUUGUUAUUUUAUUUUAAAAUUAACAUUAUUAAGUUUGUUUUUUCUAAAAUAUUAAAAACAUUUUUGAAAAGAUAACCAUUAAAUAAUUACAUUUUUAACUGUAAUAUAUUAUUGAUGUGAAUUUAGAUUUCAUAAUUUUUUUAUAAGGUUUUAGAAAAUUAUACAAUAUGUGUGUGUAGUACAAAUACAAUUUAAAUUAAAAUUAUAAGUUAAAAACCGGUAUUAAGUGCUUGAAAUCUAAAUUAUGUUCUGAUCUUUUAUCUGUUCAAAUUUAGUUGAAAUUGAAUUUUAUUUUUGACACAAAAUACAAUUUAUUUUGAUUAUUGUAAUAUGGUCAGUACUUUAAUACCAUGUUUAAAAUUUUUUUUUUUAAUUAUUUUGAUUUAUUAAUGUGUCUUAAUUAAAACUGUUUAAAAUAUUUUUAACAAUUAUCAAAAUUGUUAUCAAUAUUUGGGUUUUUUUUUUAAUAAACUAAUUUUUUUUAGAAAACUUUAUUUUUAGCUAUGUAAAUCACAUACAUUUUAAUGUUGAUCUAAUUAAUAAUUAAAUACUUAUCAGUGUUCUAAUUUAUUUUAGUAUAUAUAUUAAUUUAAACAUAGAUAACUUUUAUUAGUACAUUCAAUUAUUGUUUUAAAUUGUUGUUUUCAUAACAUUAAUUUUGAUUAUUGUAUAUUCUAGAGCAUAAAAAUAUAAUGAAUUAAAAUUUGUAACCAUUACAAAUAAUCAAAUAUUUAUGUUUAAAUUUAAAAUUUUGUCAUAUAUUUAUGUUUAGUAAUCAUAUUAAUUAAAAUACUGUAAAACCAACAAAA